CUUCCUUGCCUUCAAAGUUAAAGCACCACAUUUGCAUGAGCGAACAUUGCACCAUCGCCACCAUAUUGUCUUACUCCCCCAACCUUUCCUCGCUCCUCUAUCGCACACUCUCCUCUCUAUCCACUAUGUCUCCCUCUCUCCUCCUCCUCCUCCUCUUCCUUGGCUUGUGGGUGACGUCCGCCACCGCCCGCUGCACCAUCACCACCUUCGCCAAGAGCUACAACAAGUGCGUCACUCUCCCCACUCAAGGAGCCUCCUUGGCGUGGACGUACCACCCCCUCAACGCCACGCUCGACCUCGCCUUCUCCGGCUCCUUCAUAUCCCCCUCCGGCUGGAUCGCAUGGGGCCUCAACCCCGACUCCCCCGCCAUGACCGGCGCCCACGCCCUCGUCGCCUUCUCCGAUCCCACCUCUGGCGGCCUCCUCCUCCUCCCCUUCGUCCUCGACCCCUCCGUCAAGCUCCAGCGCGCCCCGCUCCUGUCCCGCCCCUUCGGCCUCCACCUCCUCUCCUCCUCCGCCGUCCUCCGCGGCGCCCCAUCCGCCCGCGCCGGCGCCGAGGUCCAGAUCUUCGCCAUCCUCAAGCUCUCCCCCAACCGCACCCGCCUCCACCACGUGUGGAACCGCGGCCUCUACGUGCAGGGGUACUCGCCGACGAUCCACCCCACCGCACCCUCCGACCUCGCCUCCCGCGCCACCAUCGACAUUGCGUCCACCGCCAGCGAGGUGACCCCGCCGGCCCCGGACGCGCUCCCUUCGGCCCACGCCGCGCUGAACGCCGCGUCGUGGGGGUUCCUCCUCCCGGCGGGCGUCGCGGUGGCCCGCUACCUUAGGCAGCGCACGUCGCUUGGGCCGUCGUGGUUCUACGCGCACGCGGCGACCCAGAUCGUGGGGUUCCUGCUGGGAACAGCAGGCUUCGCGAUGGGGAUCAUCCUGGGGAGCCGGUCGCGGGGCGUGGAGUACGGGCUGCACCGGGGGCUGGGGGUGGCGGCGUUCGUGGCGGGUGGGCUGCAGUCGGCGGCGUUGCUGUUCCGGCCGAAGACGACGAACAGGUACCGCAAGUACUGGAAGUCGUACCACCACUUCGUGGGCUACGGCUGCGCGGUGCUGGGGGUGGUGAACGUGUUCCAGGGGAUGGAGGUGAUGGGGCUCGGUCGCUCCUACUGGAAGCUGGCUUACUGCUUGGCGCUGUCGACGUUGGUCGGCGUCUGCGUCGCGCUGGAGGUGAACUCGUGGGUGGUGUUCUGCAGGAAGGUGGAGGAGGAGAAGGCCGCGGUGACGAGGGAAGGUGGCGGUGGCGGCGUUGAAAGCCAUCAUCAGGUCGUCAAAGCCAAGGCAUGAUGGUGCUUUAGGAUUCGGAUUCCAAUAUAUAUAUAUAUAUAUAUAUAUAUAUAUAUAUAUAUAUAUAUAUCAAAUUUAUUUCAGUUGUUACGGCGGUACAUUUCGAUCGUGUUGUGUAGAUUUGGUUCUAUCCAACAACUGUUGAGCAGGCCAUCACUCAAUUGACUCGAUCGAACCAGUUCGAGAACCAAGUCGAAUUGAUAGUUUUGGGUUCAAAUUAUACAUUCGAGCUCGAUAGAUUAAGUCGGAUUAGGCGUUGUUAUUAUACUUAAGUAGCCUGCGGAGUUUAUUUUAUGUGGAAACUGUCUUUAAGAAAAGACUACACGUGCCAUCUGUAC